GUGCUUUUACAUUUGCCCGGAGAGAGAGAGGAACCUGGGUCCAUCACCACCACUGCUGCACCGGGACCAGCACGAGGCACUUUAAAGGUGAGAAGGAGAACUUCAAAGCCCCAAAGCUUUAGAACUCAAUCAUCAACCUCAGAACUCUUCUAUCAACCUCAGAACUCACCAUCCGACCCCAGGACUCACCCACCGACCUCAGAACUCAUCCAUUGACCUCAGAACUCAUCCACCGACCUCAGAACUCAUCCACCGACCUCCAGUUUUGGCUGCAGAGUGACUGGAGCUCUGUGUGGAGAUGGGGAACAUGGAUGGGAAAGCAGUGGAGGAGCUGAGUGCCACCGAGUGCCACCAGUGGUACAAGAAGUUCAUGACGGAGUGCCCCUCGGGCCAGCUCACCCUCUAUGAGUUCAAACAGUUUUUUGGCUUGAAAAACCUGAGCCCGUCAGCAAACAAAUACGUUGAGCAAAUGUUUGAGACGUUUGACUUUAAUAAGGAUGGCUACAUAGAUUUCAUGGAAUAUGUGGCAGCCCUGAGCUUGGUCCUGAAAGGCAAAGUGGAUCAGAAGCUGCGGUGGUAUUUCAAACUCUAUGACGUAGAUGGGAACGGCUGCAUUGACCGGGGAGAAUUGCUAAACAUCAUCAAAGCCAUCCGAGCCAUCAACCGCUGCAACGAAGCCAUGACAGCCGAGGAGUUCACAAACAUGGUGUUCGAUAAGAUUGAUAUCAAUGGGGAUGGUGAGCUCUCACUGGAGGAGUUCAUGGAGGGCGUCCAAAAGGACGAGGUGCUGCUCGACAUCCUCACCCGCAGCCUGGACCUGACACACAUCGUGAAAUUAAUCCAGAACGAUGGGAAGAACCCACACGCCCCGGAGGAGGCGGAGGAGGCUGCCCAGUAAACCCCAGGACACGUUCCCUCAAACUUUUUCUUCCCCUUUCCUUUGUAUCACUGACACGAAAUGGGCUGUGACUGCGGGAGCUGGGGACUGUCCCAGUGCCACCCUGAUGCUGUGACAGGGCAUUGGGCACCCCAUGAGCACAGGGACCGAUGUCCCCUCCGAACACUUCGCCCCGCAGACACACAGCACUGCGGGGGGAGCACUGGGGGUCCAUGCAGCGUGGCAUGCUGGGGACACGGCCGUGCCAUGCUGCUGCAGGGCCACCAGUGCCCACCCCCACUUGGGUGCCUCUGAAGGUCGCUGCUUUGUAGGGGUGUGCAGAGCCUCACCUCUGUGGGCAGGGAGAGCUGCAGCACGCAGGGCUCAGGUACACUACAUUAGAGCAGUCAGAGCUCUCGCCAAGCCAGCAGCCAAUGCCAGCACCCACAUAGCACAUGCAUCUGGAUGAGAGCUCAGCUCAUACGAGGACUCCACUCCUCAGUGGGAUCUCUGUGGGGUACGGAGCUGCUGCAAACAGGAAUAGGGCACGUGUCUGUCUGCAGAGACCCCAGCUGGUCCUCUGCACAGGGAUAAUGUCCCUUCGAAGAGCAGAGCGGUGUUUGCUUGUGCCCAAAAAGCAGAUCUGAGAUGUCUCUUUCCAUCUAUAUUUUCAGAGUAUUCUCAAUGUUUUCCCCAAAAGCAAAUGGCUUUGGUCGCACGUUCUUUGAUUUGCUGCUAUUACAUUAGCAACCAUUAGUGAUAACAUAAGACAAAAACAGCUAUGAGUUACGAAAAGGAGAGAGGUGGACGCAGUGGCUUUUCUUUGUUUUCAAGCAUUAAAAACACAGAAUGGUGCCUUUUUUCUAACAACAGUCAGAACUUGAAGGGUAUGCUCAUACCUGCAACGGUCGCAAUGUCAGUAACCCCAGAGGGACCAGGAUCAGGAAUCCUCCUGCAUGUCUUAUCACCCACCCAACACACAAACCCUCGCAAUGCUCCGUGGCUCCCUCGAGCAUCCGCUGCUUUCUGCUCUGCGGGCAGCGAUGCUCUCCGUGCAGUUGGGUGUGCUGCGGAGAUGGGCUCCACGAACACCCCCAGCCGUGGGGAGCAGGCAGCCCCAGCACCCACCAGCACCCACCCAGCCCUCCCUCCAGCACCCUGGAGUUUCCUCAUCUGCUGGGAGCCGAUUUCAGCGCGAUGAGGCAAUGCAGGGCACCAGGAAGGAGCUCUUGCCCGCCCGAAGGACUUUGCUGUGUAUCUCUGGAUGCUUGCAAUUCACAAGCGACUUUUUGGUCCGUUUUUUUUUCCCGUGCACAUUUUUCAUGUGGGGGUACCCGGAAGCUUUUGUACUUCCGAUCUUAUAGCGAAUGAAUAAAGGUGUUUUACAAAAUCA